AUGACCACACAUGCUGGGCCAGGCAUGAGCCGCGAUGACCGUGCAAAAUGGGCCAAAGAAACUAUCAACAAAAGGAUUCCUGUACUCCUUCGUGGGGAUGCCACAGCUCGCAGCGGUAUCACGAACACGGUUCUCUACCGCGAGCUUCCCCCACUGCCAGCCCCCAGCGGGCCUGAGCACACUCUAUCAUCCAUCCAGACCUGGAAUACGGAUACCAUUUCCGCGGCAAUCUGGCUUUACAAUCACCGACAGACUAACAAUGAGCGAAUCGCAAUCCUCAAUAUGGCCUCGAGUUUUCGUCCUGGUGGUGGCGUCCUCUCUGGAUCAUCUGCCCAAGAAGAAUUUUUGUGCGUGCGGACAACGCUCUAUCCCGCACUGCGCGACGAGUUUUACCGGCUCCCCGAGCUAUCCGUCGUUUAUACACCCGACGUUCUCGUGUUCCGCGGUGUGGAUGGAGUCGAUCUUCCGAAGAAAGAUUGGAUCCAUGUCGAUGUGGCGACUGCCGCCAUGCCGCGUGCUCCAGAUCUGAUAGAGAUGGACGGCAAGGUCACCUGGGCGGACCCCUCUGUCAAGGAUCUGGUACUGGAAAAGAUGCGACUCCUCAUGAGAGCUCUUUGUAGGCAUGGUGCUACCAAGGUCGUGCUGGGAGCUUGGGGCUGCGGGGCAUACGGAAACCCAGUAGAGGAAGUUGCAGCACUCUGGCGCACGGUACUCGUAGGAAAUAAGAGAGGUAGAAAAGAGCACUGGCAAGGGAUUAACCAAAUUGUGUUUGCUAUCACCUCUCCAGCGCAAGUUCAAAUCUUCCGCGAGGUGAAUAUGAGGACUCAAUUACUUGUUCCGCGCGCGGUGUUGCAAGCGACCAGCUGUGUCAAAAUGGUUGCCAUUGCCAUCCAGCGACCUGGACUCGACCUCGUCCGCGAAUACUUGCGCGACCUUGCGUUGCUCGCUUCUUUUCCACUCCUUGUCCUCAGAAUAAGAAAGCAAGGAACCUCGGGAAUUUCGGCGGCUACGCAAUGGCUGCAUAUGAUCGUAUUCAGCCUACGAUAUGCGGAUGUGGGAUCGAAUAUCUCCGAGGCUCCUGUGGAUUAUGAGAUGGCCUCGUCACUGCUCUGCCAAAGCUUCAUGCAGGUCGCACUCGUCCUUUCAACUUUGACCAUUCUUGUCAUCCUGUCUCAAGCCCAAAAGGCCAAUGUGUCACAAUGUGGAUGUCGCAAGAACUUCAUCGCCAUCGUCAAGGAGUGCUGCAAAUACCUGAUCCCCGCCUUCCUCGUCGCAUACCGAUUCAAUCACACGUCAUUUUCUUGGGUCACCAUCGGCCAGCAGUCGACACAAACCGACAACGCUGCCGCUACCACCUUUGGAUGGCUUUCAACGCUCAUUGACUACUUCUCCCUCCAAGAUAUUGUCUCCAUUAGCGCACAAGAUGCCUGCAAAUUGGCAUCAGCUGUCUCCCUAUGGCUUGCUUGCAUUGCCGAUAUCCCUCAAUACAUGACAUACUACAGAGAGGCUCGUACUAAGCUCGACUGGUGGCUCAUCGCAGCCACUGGAUCUCUGGCUUGCUCUCCAUUGCUCUAUAUCAUUGACGGAAUCCUUUCAUACAUUAGCGACCGAAAGUUGGAUGUGAUUGUUUUCAUCGCAUAUAUCAUCCAGAUAUUUGGAUUCUGGAUGUUCUUUGUGCUCGUCGUCGGUAAAGUCAACGACAGCCUAAUUGAGAGCGACGUCGACUUGGAAGCUCAAAUCCUUCUCUUCGACUCGCGAUGGGGAGAACCAUUGGAGCACGAAGUCUUUACCUUGGACACGGAGGACAAGUAA